AUGAGCUUUUCAAUCUCCGCACACCUCUCGCCGACGCCCAGCGACCGCGAGGCCGUCGUCGACGCCAUCGCGCGGUGCGUAUGCGGCCUCGACACGGCCGACCGCGCGUUGUUCCAGUCGGCCUUUACCACCGACGCCGUCUUCGACCUCAACGGGACGCUGCUGCGCGGCCUCGACGAGAUCACGACGUCCUGCUUCGACAUCGUCUCGCCGCUCGACACGACGCACAUGACGAGCAACGUGCGCACGACCUUUGCCGAAGGCGGGCGCGCCGCGACGACGACUGCCACGGGCGUCGCGCACCACUACCGCGCGGGGCGCGGCCUCGCUAUGGAGCAGGGCGGCCACACGGAGCGCCUCGUCGUUGGCAGCCUGUACUCGAUCGACCUCGUCAAGGUCGACGACGGGACGGCAGAGGCGCCGCUCUGGAAGGCCAAGACGUGGAGGCUCAAGAGCGUCUGGUCGCAGGGCGACUGGGCCAUUAUGGGCGCGUUGCCGGGGAAUAGAGGGACAGAGGAGGCCAAGUGA